AUGGGUGGUUUCUCUCGUCUUUGAUAUAUCUAGGAUAGUCGGUAGCUACUGUUUGAGAUUCGCUUGCUGGACAAAGUAUUACACAAGUGAAACCGCGAUUUCAAUUGAAGGUACUAUAGGAGCAAUUGAACACGUAGCGGAGUCUUGUCCUUGUAGAAGUGUCCCGAGUGGGUAGCUAGCUCACGAACUCAUAACAUUGGAAACCCACCCGCAAACUUGCUGUCAUAUUUUAUAUCCACGGUGUAACCGGCUUUGUAGUUAGUGUGGGUGUGUCCAUACCGUCUCUGCAUGACGGGCAAACAUGAAGGUGAAGGUGAUCUCUAUCCUGGAGGAUAACUACAUGUAUCUGCUGAUCGAGGAGCAGAGCAAAGAGGCCAUCGCAGUGGACCCGGCUGUGCCGCACCGGAUGCUGGAGAUUGUGAAAAGGGAAGGUGUCACUCUCACAACCAUUCUGACUACACACCAUCACUGGGACCACGCUCGGGGAAACGAGGACUUGGUGAAGAAGAUUCCGGGGCUGAGGGUUUACGGGGGUGACGACCGCAUCGGGGGGCUGACUGACAAAGUCACCAAUGAACAGGAGCUCAAGUUCGGGGCGAUCAACGUGCGGUGCCUGUCCACACCCUGCCACACCUCUGGGCACAUGUGCUACUUUGUGUGGGAGGAUGACUGCUCCGACGCUCCGGCCGUAUUCACAGGAGACACGCUGUUCGUGGCAGGCUGCGGGCGGUUCUUCGAGGGGACUGCAGAGCAGAUGCACCACAACCUGACCAAGGUGCUGGGAACCCUUCCACAAGACACGAAGGUCUUCUGUGGCCAUGAGUACACCAUCAAGAACCUGAAGUUUGCACUGAAGGUGGAGCCAGAGAACGAGAGGGUGAAAGAGAUGUUGAGUUGGGCCCGGGAGAGGGAUGAUGAUGACAAACCCACAGUUCCCUCCACGCUGGUGGAAGAGUUUGACUACAACCCAUUCCUGCGUCUCUCAGAGCAGAGUGUGCAGAAGUUCACGGGUCAGACGGACCCAGUGCAGGUGUUGCGGGUGCUGCGCAGGGAGAAGGACCGCUUCUCCAAGCCCAAGGACAGGCCGCCGCCCCAGGCCAUGCUGGCCCUGCAGUGGGGCCUGCUGGGGCCCCGGGGCCCCGCUCCCUCCUGACAUCACAGGGCCUGGCAUGGUGAGAGAACGGGGGACCGGUUUGGGUGCAGAAAAGUAACUCUACCUGUCUGCUAAAAAGAAAACAUAAGAAACUGGCAAACCUGCUCGGAGAACCCCCUCAGGACAUUUGGUGGAGGAAAUGGGGCCUGAAAGCUCUGCAUGCCACGCAUUUUCCAUACAGUGUCGCUGCAUAAACGAGUCCUCUCUCCCUUACAGAGGCUCACAGCCACUCAGAUGUCUGCAGCAUGCACGUUCCUCUUACCUCAGCUUCUACAUUGGCCCAUUUCUCAGUAUGAUGCAGUGUUAACAAUAUAAAACACUAAAUCCACAUGACCAUUUUUUUAUUUUUAUUUUUUUUCAUUAUUUACGUAAUUUAUUCAUUCAUAUUUAGGAAAUACUAAUCUUAUCUGUUCGAAAUGCUUGCAUAUUUGUUGUGUAACAUGCAUUUUGUUCUUAAUGCUUGUAGGCAUAUUUUUGGUGUAGAUUUUGUUUGUUCUUAAAUAGAAUUUAUUAUAUCUCAUUCAUUUAAAAUUUCUCUGGAUAAUGGCAAAAAUCUAUUUAUCAGCAGUUAAAUGUAGUGAGAAUGUAGACUUUACUUUCGUUUUACAACUUAACCCUUGCCAACAUGUCACCUGGAUACAUUUCAGCAGUGCCAACAUUCAAACGUUUACAUUAUUCUGUGUGAUUUUGAUUUUUACAUGGAUAUUACUAAAGAAUCUAUGCAAAUAUUUUUAAAAUGAACCCUUUCUUUUGGAUCAGUUGGCACAAACAUUUGAUUGAAGGAACAAUUGGUCUAUGGUUAAAGAAGACCCAUGUUUUAACCCAUUCACCCAAAAUGCCUGAUUAGAGGGAACAACAUUUUUUUGUUUUUAGUCUGUAAAAAUAUGAGUCAUUAGACUUAUCGCAGUGGUUCUCAACCUCGGUCCUGGGGGAAUCGCUGUGUAUGCUGGUUUUCAUUCUAACCAACAAGUUGUUAAUUUCUCUUAAUUGGAUGCUCUUCAUGUUUAGAGGACAUUACUCUGCAUGUCAUAAAGAAUGAAAGUCUCAUUGUACUUAUUGUGCUAUAUUGCAAACAGUUACAUAAAGAGGUGUCAAAAUGUUUUAACUGAUCAACUUGAAGACUGAGGUAAAUCAAUAGGCUCCAGGACCAAGGUUGAGGAGGAUUAAACCGGCACUCCAGAUGCACAGCAGGUCUGAGCCAUUCCGUGUUUUACAAGCAACCGGUUAGUGCAGUGAGCUCAGUACACCAGCAUACCACUAAGAAUGCUUACAGUAAAACCUGAAAGGACUCAAAAUGCUAUACACUAAUUGUUUUGUAUUUAAGCCCCAACACUGCAGGAAUGUCACCUAUUUAUGUUUAGUAGCACUUUACAGUAUGGCAGACUAAUAAUUAUGAUUGAUUAUUCUUCUUAUUCUUAUUUUAUUAUUCCAAGAAUGAACUUCAUUUUUAAAAAUGUGAAUGUAACUGCUGUGGCAUGGCCUUCUACUGACCCAAAGAGCCUGCAUGUGAUUCCCACUUCGGUAUAUUACAAAAUAAAUGCUUAAAAUGGCUUUUUUGCUCCUGACAAAUAAAGCACAUCUAACAUUUAGCAUCAA